AUGAAACUUGCUCGUUUUUUAAAUGUUUCAAUCUUCAUUUGUAUAUUAUGGACAUUUGUUAAAGCCACUUCUGAUGAAGAAAAAGUGGUGAGAAGAACUGCUGUUAAGGAUUAUAUGGCAAAGGAUUUUAAUAAAAUAUUAAAAGACGGGGCUGAAUCGUCUGUCAUUCCUCAAAUUCAAAAAUAUAAAGAAACGUUAACAAAAAAUAACACAGAUAGAAAUAAUGGAAAAGAAAAAGUGUUUAACAAAAAUGAAUAUGAUAAAAAAUAUUAUCAAAAAAAUAAAGAAAAGUUUCGUGACUAUAGUCGAAUUUACAAUGAAAAGAAUAAAGAAAGGGUGCUUGAAUGUAAACGAAAUUACCGAAAACAAAAUAAUGAAAAGAUAAAUGAAUAUAAGCGAAAUUACUAUAAAAUUCAUAAAAGUAAGUUGAAAAAUGAUAAGAAAAUUUACUACCAAAAAAAUAGAGAGACGGUACUGAAAAAACAGAAAAUAUAUGAAGAAAAUAAUAAAGAAAAGCGGAAAGAAUACAAGCGAAAAUACCAACAAAAAAAGAAAAAUGUUCAAUCUGAUGAUAAUGAAGGAACUUCAAAUGUUAAUCCACAGACUGGUGAUUUUACUAAUAAAGGUAAAUUGCCAAUUGUUUGCGAGGAGAAUUCUGAGGAAGGAAAUCUGUUUAAUUCAGAGAAGGAAAAUUGCAAUAAUGGCGAGUUUCAGCAAAAUCAAAUCGAGGAAGAAGAGCCAAAUAAAAUUCUAGAAGACGAUUCAAAUAAAAUAGAUUUAAAUAUGAAAAUUUAUCCUUUUGAUUUGAACGAGUUACCUGGGGAUGAACAACUGGAAGUUAAUUAAAAGAAAUGGAACUUGUCUAGUUUAUUCAAGCGAUAAAAUCUAUUUUACAAUUAACUCCGCCUAUAUUAAUCAUUUAUUCUUUUGGUAUAUUCUUUAUUAUAUUCAUUUCUUCUAAUCACUUUAAUUUCUACACUCUGUCCCAAAAAUAUACAUCCACCUUAAGUC